AUUUUUUAGAGUGAUGUGAUCACCGCUAGAAGAUGAUCGACGUUACAGCGGCUGUCCGAUGGGCUCCGCAAUCUGUACAUCCGAGGCAAUUAUUCUUCUAUGCUUGUGCCACCGCAUCUGAUAUCAUUGCAGCAGUGCACCAAAUCGUGCAUUUAUUAAACCAUCUUCAAUUGACUACUGCUUUCGGACAAAGUCUCCAAGGUCCCUUUGUUGAGUCCUGCCAGGCUAAAAUGAGGUGAUCGGCCAACAAAUCAAGGGCCCUUAUCAACGCCUCUUUGUCUCUCCGCAGUUCGUUGCAUGGGCCAUGUCGAUCGACUGCUUCUCCAACUUCUGUCGAGGCUAACUCCGCCCAUAUUUAAAUAGCAGCCUAACCCCUCCUGAAACCCUGAAAUCCUGACUCACUCCCACACACUCUCUCUGUCCUACUGCUGGACUGGUCACGAUUGAUGAUGGUGUCUUCCCUUGCGCCGAUUCUGGUCACUGCAGCUGGUCUUGCGGGGACUGUUGCUGGACAGUAUUUCCCUC